AUGUUCGUCGAGACGCUAGCCACUGCACUUGCCCUGUUUGGCACUGCGACUACAUUGUCGUAUCAGGAUCCCGCCGUAACGCAAUGCUGUUCGCAACUCGCGGCCCAGUUGCCCAAUACGACCUUCCCGCGAGAUGGCUCUAGUACCUCCACGUACUACCAAACCAAGACCUCGUUUUGGUCGGCAACCGAGUGGCUAGACCCGACCUGCGUCUUCCUCCCCACAAAGGCCUCCGAUAUUGAGGCCGCCGUCUCCAUCUUCACUGCAAAUGACUGUCCCUUUGCUAUUCGCGGGGGUGGCCAUAGCGCAAUCCGUGCUGCAGCCAAUAUCGACCAUGGCAUCCUGGUGAGCAUGAAGCACGUCAAGGACAUCACCUUUAGCGAAGACCUCUCCACUGUCACCGUCGGCGCCGGCCUCACAUGGGCUGAGGUCUAUGAGGCUACAGAGGCUCGCGGACGCAUGGCCGUUGCAGGUCGUUUCGGCACUGUUGGCACUGGUCUUGUGCUGGGCGCUGGCUUUUCCUACCUGAACAAUCGCCACGGUCUGGGCGUUGACAACGUUGCCGGACAGCACGUGGUUUUGGCCAAUGGCACAAGCGUAUACGCCAAUGCCACCCAUCACUCUGAACUUCAUUGGGCUCUCAAGGGUGGCGGCAACAACUUUGGUGUCGUCUCACACUACGAUCUCGUCCUGCACCCCAGUGAUGGCUGCUUUGGUGGACGCUAUACCUACCCGCACACCUCCAUCGGGGCCAUGAAGAAGGCAACGUACGACUAUCACGUCAAGACCGCCAUUGAGGAUGUAGACAUGCACGUCCUUCCGACAUAUGUCUUUGCUGACAACACAACGUAUGGCUACACCCCCGUCGUGUCCAACCGAAACGCGACGGCGUUGCCCAAGUCACUGCGUGCAUGGGACGAGAUUCCUCACACAAACCAGACAAUGAAACCGAGAAAGUACGGCGACUUGGCUAACCAUCUUGUCGCCGGCUUUCCUGACGGACUAAUCCAAUCCCAUUACACCUUCACAGUGUACCCAGACGAAGCCUUCUUCGGCGAACUUUUUGAUCUAUGGGAGAAAUUCUGUAUUUCAAUGGCUCAUAUUGAUGGCUUCAAUGGCUUGCACACGGUCAUGCCUAUAACGCCUCGAGCGAUUGCCGAGGGCAUAAAGAACGGCCACAACGCUUUGGGCAUUGACCAAGCAAAGCCUAACACGACUCUUUCUGUCUUUUAUCUCGGCGUCACCUUCAACAAUGCAGCCGACAGCGAGGAGGUCUUCCCCGCAUGGGAGACGUUUGUGCGCUCCCUGCAGGUGCGAGCAAAGGUUUUGGGUAUCCUGUUUCCGUACAUAAUGAUGAACUACUCCGACCACAAUCAGCAGGUGUUGGCGUCUUAUGGUGCCAAGAACGUGGAGCGUUUGCAAGCAGUCCAGAGGCAGUACGAUCCCUCUCUGGUCUUCCAGCGCUUGGUCACCGGAGGUCAAAAGCUCCCUUUGUAG